AAUACACACAGUAUGCCAAUUUGAAAUGGGGGCAGAAUAGCAGAAGUGGCGGGCCGGUAGUUGGGUAACUAAGCUCGUAGAAGUAAAGUCUGUCAAAAUCAAGUGGUGGUACAGCCAGUAGUUCUCGUUGACCAGCAAAGAGCGCAAGCAAGGCUUCGAUAUUACCUCGAUUCGCACUAGAUUCGUAUCGUUUCGAUCUCCCUCAACGAUUUCACAGCUUACCAGUUUCCUCUUUCGAUUUGAGAAUCUUUUUUUUUCUCGUUCUGUUUCCUUGUCAACCUGCUCGCAACUUUCGAUUCAACGAUCGAUCUCGAUUUGUGUUCGUUAUAAACACGCGACUGCGUUCUUCUGACAGACAGAAUAGAGCAUGACGAGGAAACAAACGGUGAUCGUGAAACUUAAAAGAUGCAGUACCGGCAAACCUUGGGGAAUUCGUAUCGCCGGAGGCGCUGAUUUGGGUACGCCGAUCGUCAUCACCCGCUCGGAGAACGAAACGCUCCAGAGGGGUGACGUGAUCAAGAAAAUCGACGAUUACGAUGCACGAGAUGUCAGGCAUGUAGACGCCCAGAAUCUUCUUCAAAACUCUGAAUCAAUAAGGCUCGUGGUCGAAAGGUCUGAGCCAUCGAAUGCACCUCGUAUCGACAUUACCACGUCAUCUCCGAUUAUUGAGUCGAACACUGGCGACAGGGCUGCGGUCACUAGUCUAGCUAAACAACCGAAAGUACCGUCGGCAUUACCGAAGAGUCCCAUACCGCCGCCUUCGACCGACGAAUACAGUCGGCCAACAUCACCGGAAAGCCUUAACUUACCACACGAACAUCUCGAUGAGGUUCGCGAAGAGAGAGCCUAUUUGUCGCAGCCAUACCGCACAACUCCUUUGGUCUUGCCAGGUGCAAAGAUCAAAAAGGAUGCUCCGCUUGGAGAGUGCUACUUGCGCCAUCAUCCAAAUCCGAUGAUCAGGGCGGCACCGCAUCAUUACGAAUCAGCUCACCCCGAAGUUGCUAUGAAACAAAAGGUGGCAGAAACGGUACUUCAACGUGUCUUGGGACCGAAUGAAGUUCCAAAGGUUGUGCACAAGCAAUUUAACUCACCGAUUGGGCUCUAUUCAGAACAAAAUAUUGCCGACACUAUAAAGUGCCAAACAUCCGCUAUACCCCCGAAGAAACCAGUGAAGUACGACCCGAGUAAAAGCGAGGCUUACAAGGCUCUACAAGAGGAAGCUCUCGGUGAUACGGUGCAGGAAGUAAAACAACCAACUCGCACCGGUGUUUUCUCCCCACAAAAGGUUAACCAAAAUAGGGUAUACCACGCUCGACCAAAGAGUCCCGCCGGACCAUACGUAAAUAUCCUCGAUGACGACGGUGAAAAAAUCCACCAAAGUAACAGCUUCAAAAGGAUCAUGUAUAGUGUCUUGGGGCAAACUGAUUAUUAAUUUGUGAACUAAUGUUAUAAAUAUAUCUUAUUUAUUGUUCAUCGGAACAAAUGCUAAAGUAACAAUGAAAGCUAUUUCAGAAUUAAAUGUGAUAAAAAUAUUGUUAAAAUAACACGAAUCAUCGUUGAAAAAUAACUUAGAAACCUGUAUAAGAUAUUUAAAUUCU